CAAAAUGGCGUCAGCACAAAACCCUGAUCCAUGGUAUAUUUCACUUUUGGGGCUUGCUGAAAGCUUCAGGACUUCUAACCCUCCAAAUAUUCGGUUGUGCGUUCACUGCUUACAGUCAAUAUUUAAUUUCAAGCCUCCACCAAGGAUCGAAGCCCGAACUCAUCUUCAGCUGGGCAACAUUUUACUCUCUCACACAAAAAACCUCGACCUGGCCCGUCAACAUUUGGAAAAGGCGUGGAACAUAUCAUCAAGUAUAUCAUCUUUUGAUGAUGUGCGGUUUGAAGCAGGAAGCAUACUGGCACAGAUAUAUGAGAAGCAGACUCAAACUCAGUUAGCCAAACCAAUUUUGAGAAAAGCCAUCGAAAUGUCACUUCAAGCCCCUUAUUGGAGGUGUAGACUUUUGUUCCAGUUAGCGCAAAUUCAUGUGGCAGAGAAAGACUUUGUGUCAGCAGUCAGUUUACUUGGCCAUGGGUCUGACUUCGCUCACACAGCCCGUUCAGAGUACACCAGACUUUUGUUUCUUCUUGCGAAGGGAUUGGUGUUGCUGGUUGAAAAGAAAAUGUCUGAAGUUCAUGAGUGUUUGACUAUGGCAGGCCAGCUGAUAGAAGUAUAUCAUGGCAGCCCAGUACAGAAAGAAUCUCUCAAGGUGUUUUUCCUGGUCCUUCAAGUUUGCCAUUACCUGAUGGCAGGACAGGUGAAAAGUGUGAAACCAGCACUAAAACAGUUACAGCAGAGUAUUCAGACCAUAACACAGCUACACCAGGAAGAUGAACCCCUACCUAUAAAUCCAGUGGACCUCUUUCAGUGGAUGCCCAAAGAACAUAUGUGUGUGCUAGUUUAUCUGGUGACUGUGAUGCACUCAAUGCAAGCGGGUUAUAUGGACAAAGCGCAGAAGUAUACCGACAAAGCUCUCAUUCAGAUUGAGAAAUUAAAAAUGUUAGAUGCUCACCCCUUACUGUCAGCGUUCCAAUUGAUGUUGCUGGAGCACAUCAUCAUGUGUCGGCUUAUCAUGGGAAACAAGUCUGUGGCUAUACAAGAGAUAUUUCAAGCUUGUCAUGUUUGUCAACAACAACCCCGGUUAUUUACCUCACAUGGGGCUCAGAUUCACACAUUACUGGGCUUGUACGCAAUGUCCAUGAACUGUAUGGAAGCUGCUGAGGCUCAGUUUAACACAGCCUUACGGUUAUCAACGGACAAAGAUCUGUGGACGUUUAUCAACCUGAAUUUAGCAAUAGUGUACCUGCGUCAGAACCGUCAGUCAGAGUUAAUGGGUUUGCUGGAGAGAAUUGACCCAGAACGGCUUACCUCAACGUCCCACAGUAUGAAGGCCUCUGCGUACUAUGUUCAUGGACUACAAGCAUUCUUCCAGGCCAGAUAUAAUGAAGCAAAACGCUUUCUGAAGGAAACGUUAAAAAUGGCCAAUGAAGAGGAUUUGAAUAGGUUAACCUCCUGCUCCUUGGUUCUCUUGGGUCACAUCUUUCUCUCAUUAGGAAACAGUCGGGAAGCUAUGAACAUGGUGACACCGGCCAUGCAGUUAGCAGCCAAAAUACCCGAUGUCCAUGUCCAGUUGUGGGCCUCAUCUCUGUUAAAAGACUUAUACCGUCUCUGUGGGGAUCCAGUUCACGAAGCAGAGGAGUACAGAAUACACAACAACUUCUCACAGUCACUUCUCAAAGAUCACUUUCAGUCAUCACAAAUGUCCGAGCACAAUCUCAUUCAGUGGACAGAAGGACCAUGUCCGUUUCACCUGAACAGUUCUGCUGUUGGUACUAGUGCAAUGCUCUGAUGGACUGAAUUACCUGUUAGGUGUGUGCAUACACCUCAGUGCUGAACAGAACCUUGGUCAAACAGAGAUGCUUCCUGGCAACAUGCUGUCUUGGCUUCUGAGUUGUCCAGUCUGAAAACUUGUUGGCAGCUUCCUCUGUGCAUGCCGUGUGGUUGUGUCAUUUACUAAGCCCUUUGAGUCUCUCCUGACAAAACCAGUUUGGCAGCAAAGACCUCCACUGAUGCUGGUUGUUGGAAGACUUGUGCGUAUGUUUUCUUCAUGCAUUCAGUCCACCUGGUUAGACCGAACAAACAAACCAUGGUGGAAAGAUCUGGGAUAUGGAUUGACUUUCAGCCCUGGGGAUAUUGGUCUGUCUGUGCAUUGGGAGAUGGCUAAUAGAGCAGAUCAGAUGGCUAGCAACAAACAACUGGAAAAUCUGUUCACAGCAGUUCCAGAUGGCUUGUGCUUUCCGUGGACCACAAAGAAACGCUGAUUUCGUGUGACAAGACCAUCAACCAUAAAGUGACGUGUGGUACAUCGGCAAGUGUGGUGUGUCUUAAGGCUAAGGAGGAAUGACAUAUGUUGACAGACUGUAAGGUCACUGUCCCCAGUGGUGACAAACUAUCAAGUGUGCAUUCUGUACGUGCUUAGCUGGUCUGUGAAGUCACAAAGGGAAUGUCUGACGUAAACAACACUGAUGCCGCCACCAGCCUGAUGCGGUCAUUGAUGCAGCUAACAAAAGCGACCAACUCUCUAAUAUGCCAAUCAGGUGGGUGUGGCCAACAGUCCGAUGUACCGAACAAUCUGGUGGAGCUCACAGUGACAGUCUGAUGAGGCCAGCAGGCUGAUCUGGCCAGCUGUCUGAUGUAACAGUCUAUAGUUUAAAGGAGCCAGGAGUGACGUGGUGAAUGAGGAGCUUGUCUCCCUUACAGUGAACAGGAACAAACAGGGCAGCAGCACUUGAUUUGCAUCGUAAUAAUGUUUGUGUGUGUGUGUCUUGUGUUCAGUCGGACUCACAUAGUCAGUUAGGAGGCAGUUCUAAUACUCUUGUUUGUACAUGUGACUUGAGUCAUUUACCCUGCCAUAGUGUACAGACUUACAUGUAUAGGAAUAUAGGGGAGGGACUCAAGGCUGUUGGGGUGCAAGAAAAAAAUGGCUGAUUUGUAUACCAGUACUUAUAUGAAACGAAAUGAAAUUUAUCAACCAUCAUUAUGGUAUGAGUUUUUUAGAGAUGUGUAAGGAUAAAAGAAAUAUUUUGAUGUGUGCAGUAACAGUGAAUCCUGGACACCUAACGUUUGUCAGUGGAAGUGGUCUACAUGGCUUGCCUAAUAUUUUCGUUUGUCGUAAAGGUAGAUGUGAUGUUGGUGGGUGAUGGAAAGACACAGUGUAAAAGUUGCACACCACUUACGAGCUGUCCUUAAAGACAUAGGUGAGAAACAUAAAGCGCAUUUUCCUGAAAUGGCAAUGGAAGAAAUCACUGUGUGUGUGUGAAAAAAUAAGAUGUAGAACAAGUUUCUGGGAAGUCAAGUGCUGAAAUAUAUGGGAGUGAAUGUGAUCUGUUGAAAGAUUGUGAAGAAAUCAGAGAGAUCAAAUGUUAAAUUACCGUUACUGUGACUGUUCAAAGAAUUUGUUGUGUUGCCAAAUACACAAAAAUCAGGUAUGCAAGGAAACUGAUGGAUAUCAGUUUUGUUGUGAAAUCUAAAGUGCAAUUUAUGAAGUGAGUUUGUAAUAUAGUAACCGUGAGCAAUGUGAGCAUAUAUGUCAAGAGCCUGGAAAGCCAUGAAGGUACACAUACGUACUGUAGACAUCUCUCUUGAUCGUUUUCUCAUAUUCUCAUUACACACUUGUACAAAUCCUGCUCUGUUGUCUAUAUAGAUACGUAUGUAUACACAUAUAUAUAUAUAUACACGUAUGUACAUUCACAGACAUCUAGGUACCAGAUUGUACAUAUCCUUGGAGUAGCCAGAACUCAUUCUCCUUGUCCUAUUUGCGAACUCACCUUACAUGUUCGUUUGUAUUUCUGGCCUGUACGAUAAUUUUGAAUAUCACUUUGUCUUCAUUUGAAUGCAGUCUUUUUGACUCUGUCAUAAUGUUCCACCUACUGUGAACUUCAGUGUUGCUGGUUAGUUCUUUGAAGUGGGAUUUUUUUUUUCUUCUUUUCGGUGGGAAGUGGAAUCUACUUGUACAUGUAUGUUUACAUAACAGGGCACCACUGGAAAAAGUAGAAAAGAGUUUUUUUGCACAAGUGCCACAUAGAUUUUUUCUGAGUAUGGAAGUAAUUUGAGCAAAUUCUGCUGAACAAUCAAAUUUUUACGUAAGCAUUGACGUAGUGCAACAUUUUCAGUGAGCAUUUUAAAACCGUAACUGGUUUAAGUCCAACAAUUGACAAAUUCAUCAAACAAACCCUAAAUGACCUAAAAUUUCGCCCACAAAAGUUCUUCUGCAUUUUUAGAGGCAAAUAAAUGAGGCAAAUAUUGUUUCUGGUGCUGAAACUUACAAUUUUCCGGUAAGAAUAUCAUCAUGUUCCAAACAAACUCCAAAACACCUUUCUUAAUUCAAUAGAACUCUCAGAAUCAGGAGAAAUGGGCAAGGUAAUCAUGGCAGAAAUUUAUAGCCAUUUAGGGUAUUGUUUUCCCAUACUGCAGGCUGUAGAUUUACAUCAGAUUAUUUAAACAUGCCUCCCACUGUCUAUUUCUGUACUGCUAUGUGGUGGACACUAUAGAACAUUUUCAACAUGCAAAACUUAAAGCAAGGAGUGGGGAUGGUGGCACAAAAGGUGAGGGUCCAGAGUAAACCUUUCCCCAACAGAAUAUCUUGACCACCAGAUGUUGGGACAUUAUGAUAAUGCAUUGCAUUUCGAGGCCCCAAGUCACAAUACUUCUGGACAGUGUACAGAUCAACAAUUACCAAUACCAAAAUUACACUGCAUGUAACAUGUAAGUGUUGUUUAACUGCCGGUCUCCUUUUAAUUGUUUGAAACUAGUUAUUGGCAGAGGGAAGGAGGGCAAAGAUACCCACACCUGAAACACCCACUCAUCCCCACCCCUUUCUGUUCACACCACCACACCCACCCAGGUUCUAUGAAACCUCUAUCUGUUGGAGGUGACUGAUUAUGUGCAACUAAAUCUUCACAGUAUUGAAUAAACCAUGCUUGUGUUGUAAUCAGUUUCAUAACUUGAUUUACGGGGAAAUGUUUAUGUAUUACAUGGUAGAAUGAUUUUGGUACUCGUGUCCUUCAGCUCAUACCCUAUUUUAAGGUGAGGCUUAAGUAUGUUAGGAUCUUCAAAUAGAAAACAAUAAUUUUUCCAAAAUAAGUCAGAAUCCAGGACUCAUUGAUAAUCUACAUGUACCUAUGCUCCACUCCAGUGGGCUGUCUCUCAAAGGGGUCGUAACGCUAUGCAGGUAAGGGUUGAUACCAAGGAGGCAUAUGCCGUCAGUGUGCAAUGUCAUGGUGUUUAGGCCGGCAUAACAUUACGACCCCUUUGAGAAACAGCUCCCUGGGGCUAAUAGUUGGCCUUGUUCCUAAUGGUGUGUUUCCCAAAUUGCAGUCACAAAUGUGCGAAUAAGGGACUGAUUGUCCAAAAUGUGCACUUUUUAGGUAAGCACAACUCUCUAUUGUUUGAACAGUGGGUGUAUACGAUGAGAAGUGAAGAUUUGUGGGAUUGAUUUUGUUAACCCAUUCACAAAUUUUAUUCAGCCUAUGUAACCUGGAUUAAGUACCAGUUAACUGUAAAGUUUACAAUUCUUAGAAAUCAGAGCUCCCUGGUACACUUUUUUCUCUGAAAUAUGUGAUUAUUACAUUAAAAUUUUCCCAAUUGUGAGCCCACAGGCCCUUUCCCCAAAUCCGUGGAUUUAAUACACUCUGAAAUCUCAGUAAACGUGUGCCUGAUCAAGUUAACGUGGCCUGUUACGUGUACUUUAGGUAUAAUGGUGUAUUGUGUUUUUGAUUUGAAGAUUUUUCUGAUCUUAGUCUGAUACCUGGACAAUUCAUGAUUAUGACGUGCAUAUCAGUUAAGUUGCAUUGAGUGUUGCAUUUAUGUUAAAACAAGAAUAUGCUACUGUAUCUUUCAAUCUGAGAAGACUGAAGUACAAACAUGAAGAAUUUUGGUGCAGUUAUGAGACAUAGAUGUAUCUUAAGUAUACAGUGCUAUUUUGAGGAUUUUUUUUACUCCCACACAGCUACUAAUACAGUACUCAGAAUGAACAAAAUGGAAAAAUAUAACAUGCAAUUUUCGGUAGAGGAUUCAGACAGAAAUUUUUUAAGGAUACCUUAAUUCUUCUAAUUUUUGGGACACCUAGUCUGCUUUUUUUUUCUGCCAGUGUACAUGUAAUUGUAGCAGGAAUGUUUAAGUUUGUUUCACAUGGUUAGUUCUCCAAAAGGUCAAGGUAUUUAUAUCUUUACUUUUCCAAAAAACUGGGGGAUAAACGUAAUUCUUUGCUUUCAACACUGGUAUCUGUCAAAAAAAUUACAAGAAUUGGGGUAAUAAUAUUUUGUUCAUUUUCAACAGACCUCACCUUGGUAUCUUUGUGUGUGUGUGUGUGUGGUUUUGACAUGUCAUGCUUCUCAAGUCACUCAACCUGCGGAUGGUCGUGGUUUUCCACCAGACUCUGCCCGGUUUCCUCCCACCAUAAUGCUGGCUGCCGUUGUAUAAGUGAAAUAUUCUUGAGUAAGGCAUAAAAUACCAAUCAAAUAAAUAAAUAAAUGCAUUGUCAAGUUAGUCCUACUUUGUAUCAUAAUUUCAUUAAGAAACCUAUGAUAAAUUUGCUGGGACAUGUAAAUAAUUAAUAUCUUAAUGGCUGGUGAUGAGCUGCAGUUGGUAUUUUUAAAGGUAGGAUUAUGGUCGCCAUGAAGUUAUUUAGGAGUGUGAUUUCCAUGACCAAUUAUAUGGUACCUUAAGUCUUUGGGUGUGGUCUGAAACAGUCAAAUAAAUAAAUUUAUACCAUAAGCUAAAUAAUAACUUUGCUGUUUCUCCUGUUAGGGCAUUGAUUGGAGAUUUGUCCCACCCUGUUUGGAGCUUCCUUAGUUGUGCAUAAUAUGUAAUCAAGAUAUGUAAUGAAUCAGCCCAAAACCUCAAUCGAGGAAAAAUGCAUUAAUUAGCACAGAUUUUUUCCUGCUGUCAUACUGGAAUGGACAGUGUUCUGAUUUCUAUCAUCAUUGUACAUUUAGAUGUAUUUAUGCUACUAAUGUGUAAUUCCGUGGUAUCUGCUCAGUUGUUGCAAAUUCCAGUGCAGGAUACAUUAGGCUCCAGUGUGGAAAUGGAUUCUGUUAUAAUUUACAGUACCUGUGGAACAGGUACAUGUGUUAGUGGGAGCCCAGAUAAAUCUCUCAAACCUGCAUCUACAGAAUUUGGGAGCAGAUUUUUUCUUACAAUACAUGUUUAUAUGUACUGUCUAAUGUACACAAUGUUAAGUUUUUUUGUUCAAGUUCGUAGACGCUACAAUAUUUAUUAUGUCUUUGAAGAUUUUGUGGGAGGAAUCUGUCCUCUAAAGCAAGACAUCCUGAUUGUGCAGUGCAUUGAAUGUUUUACUCAGUCUGUAUGAUAUAGUAUAUAGUUCAAGGAAGGGAAUACGCGCAUCGGUUAAUACAUUGUCACAGUAAUCCUUCACUUCUAGAAAUUGUCAGAUGAAAUCACUUUUGUAAAUGAUCUAAAAUUUUGCCCUUGACAAAGUUACAUAUUUUGCCUGAUUCUGAAAGUUCAGCUGAUUUUAGAAAGAUGUUUUGAGAUUUGUGUGGAAGGCAGAAUGAUAUUCUACUCGAAAAAUGGUAUUUUUGGCAAUAUAAGUUAUACUAGUAUUUUAUGACCAUUUUUUGCCUCUAAAAUUAACUUUUUGGGUGAAAUCUUAGGUCAUUUACGGUAAGUCAGCACUCCAAAGUAUUUGAAAGUGUUAAAAGAUCUCUGUGUAGCAUGCUUGUUGCUUUAGCAUGUUCUUAAACUGUUCCUGUAUUUGUAUGUCACCACCAUUCUGGCAGACAUGCUUGUAGCAAGCUAGUCAUGGUCAAUAGAUCAACACUGGUCACACCCAAAACAAGAUAAAACUGGCUUUUAUAGUGCUGUUUGUGGUAUUUUGUCCUUAAUCCUAAACUAGAAUAUCUUUCCAGUUCUUUAAAGAAUCAUAAAUAUAUAUAUGUUUUUCUUUGUUUUUUUUUUUUUUUGAAGGCUGGUGUAUGUCAUGAUGACCAUAACUGGACAGUUUGUCUCUGAAUUGUAUCUUUUACUAGAUCUGAUUUGGGUACUUGACUGGGUUUGAAAGCAACUUUGACAGUUAUGUUAUGUCAUAGUGCAAACCAAAUUACUGCAGGUGGGCAUGGGUGCAGGUGCGCUUUCUGGCCUUGUUUAGGCACCUAGUAAACUGUGGAAGUAAAUCUGUGUUAAAUUAAUAUGGUCACGCACUUCUGGUGCCACCUUCAUAGUGUAAAAAUCUUGCAUCACAGUACAUACAGUACAUUGUGUAAUGUUAAAAAGCAACUUGUACUGCACUUCAUGUAAAUGUGACCAUGACAGAGAAAAUAUGCUACUUACACUGAGACACUGCGCAACAUGACUUGAAAAAGGUUAGUUCAGCAGGAUAUGGAAACUUUGACACUCUUAGGUGCU